AUGGCAUUUAAGAUGUCUUCGGACGUGCAGCCGCAAUUGCACAAAUUUGUGGAGGAUUACCAUUAUGCAAAGAAUUCACCUAAUCACUCAGCCUUGUCUUCUCAAGACGGUGAAUUCAGUAGUUCAAACAACGAAGAUGACACAAAUAAGGAUUCACUCAAGACGAUACCAUCAUCUGAAAUCAAGCGAAUGUUUUCAAGGCGGCAGAAUCGUCUACAACGUCGGUUUUCUCAGAAUUUAGGGGCGACAGAUCAGGAUCAUCUAAAUCAAGAGCAGAUAAAUACAGCAGAGUCAAACAUGAAGAAAAAAGAGCAAACUCGUCCCCAUCUACCCCCACCAGUCUCGGUUGCUCCAAAAUCAUCUGAAGCCGAACCCAGGGGGCAAAGCCACAAGGUGGAAUUUGUCGAAUCAAGCACACCAAUGCGAAGCCCGUACCUUAACGCGUCAGUGAGUGCACAACGUCCAGAAAUUCGAGAAGUACAUCAUGGGCAUUUUGAUUAUGCCCCUGAGUUUAGGCCACAAUCAACCUCAGAGAGUAUUCGGCGUCUUGAUAGGUCUGUAUUUGAUGAAAGAGAGCAUGAGACAAGUGCAAUGGAGGAAAAUAAUGUGAACAUAUACAAGGAGCUGAAAAAAAAGGAUGAGAAGAUCAAUCAACUUGAGAAAACACUUCAACAGUACAAGGCACACUUGGACGAGCUACAGCAAGAGAUGCAUUCCUAUCGGGAGGUGCCCAGUAAUCGGCAAGUGCCGAAACCAGAGCCACAGUCUGACAAUCUGACAGCAAGAGUGAAACUAUGUGGGGCAGGAGAGAGAAUUCUUGAUGAGACGGAUUUUGGGUCGAACUAUUACACGCUAUACAUGGAUAAUCUCCAGAAUGUGAGCUGGGUUGGUGCCACCAACAGCCUUAAGAACAUUUUGAACAAGUUUGGAAUCACAUACGAUGAGCUUAGGGGAUAUAUAAAGUUUUUGGGUGAAGACGAGGUUCAGUUCAUCCAGGAUUUGCAUCAGGAGCUACACGGCCGGCCGUUGAAGCUUAAUCGGCAAAACAGAGACCUCAUGCACGAUUGCUUUAAGGUGAUGCUUGAAGAAGUUCAUCGCUUGCGAAUUCGGGCAGAAAGAGAUGAAGGAAGAAGAUAG